AUGGUUCUUUCAAUUCAAGAAAUAGUCUAUGCAUUUCUGCAGGUGUACUACCAAAGAAUGAAAUCAAAUCCUGGGAAGCUAGCAAAUUUGUACUCUAGCACUGCAGAAUUGGCGCAUAUCAACUAUACCCAAAUAGCCAAUAAACUGGAGGAUAUUGACGAAAUUCCAACUGUCAAAUUGACAGGAAGGGAUAACAUUAGCAAAUUCUUCUCGAGACACGAGAAGAAAGUAAGCGAUUUGAAAGUGAAAAUUGAUAGCUGCGAUUUCCAAACUACAGGAAUUAAUCAUAAAAAUAUCCUGAUCUCUGUCACCGGAGAACUCUUCUGGCCGGGAUCUCAGGUGUACCAAUUUUGCCAGACUUUUAUACUGAAUCCUGUCGCCAAAAGCAACGAUAUCUACGAUAUAUCGAACGAUAUUAUCCGGUUCAUCCCCAACACUUUCCAGAAGAUUGAAUUAGUGGUCGAGAAACAGGGACGUGCCCCAACUGUGGAGGUAGGUACACAAGAGCUAGUGGUAACCACUUCUGAAGAAAAAAAGAAAUCUCAAGCCAGUAAGACUGCUGCUCAAGAAAAUAUACACAGUGAGGAUGCUAGCGCUAAUUCAGCUAAAGGUGAGUCUUCUGUUUCUCAAGUACAAAUGAGUGGGCAAGAGAACGACUUGACGGGCGUGGUUACUGAACAAAUUGUACACAAGGAAAAUUCGGCUAGUAAUUCUAUCCCGCAGGCAUCUACUACAGAUGUAUUGGAAGAAAAGAAGAAAAUUUCUACCGCACCAGAACUAACACCAACAGGGGACGUGGCCGUCAAAAAGGACAGUAUACCAAAGGAAUUAUCUCCAAAUCCAACUCUACCAAAGGAAUUACCGUUAAAGGAAACUAUGGCAAAGGAAGAUCCGCCAAAGGAAUCUUCGCCGAAAGAAAUUUUGUCAAAGGAAUCUUCACAAAAGGAGACAACCACAGUCGGAAAUUUGCCAACCGAUCCUGUUGAAAAGGAAACCGCGCUCAAAGAGGAUUCUGUUGGAAGCGAAGAGUCCCCGAAAACUGAGCCAACAAAAGCAGUUUCCCCAACCCCGUCGAAACUUUCAUGGGCAUCCAAACUAGCUUCUGUGGGGGCUUCUAAAGAAUCAAAAAAGAUCAUGAUUCCAAAGAAUGUCGCUCCGACGACGACUGCGAUUCCUGAAUCACCAAUCACGAAGAAAGAUAUCAAUGCCAAGAAGAUUCUUGUGGAAAAGAAGUCAGAUAUGGGCAACCGGAAGGACAACAACAGCAACCGAAAAGAUCGGAAGAAGCCUUCAUUUAGCCUUGUGAACAAAGAAGGCUACUAUCCAAUAUAUGUCAGUGGCACAUUCCGAUUGAGCGAGGAAGAUUUGAAGAGGAUAUUAACCCAAGAGUUUGGUACGGUGAUGAAAAUUAAUAGCCGCGAAAACUUUUCUGUCGUUGAUUUCCAAACACAAGCUAGUCAAAUUGAAGCUAUUGAAAGAGGGAGACUAACGAUAAACGGUACAGAGGUGACAUUAGAACGGAAGACGAUCAAAAAAUCAUCAUCUCCACAGGCGAUAAAUGGAGGAGCUAAUAAUAACGGCUACGUGACUUCGUCGUCACAGAAAAUUCAUAGGAAACUUAACAACGUCAAAAGGAAAGAACAAGCUAACUGA